AUGGCUUUCCCUGCCAAUGCAAACAUUCCUGCGCCUGGCGUUUCCUUCUUCACGCCAGAGCAGAACCCACCUGCAGGAACAGCUAUUCGUCCUCAGCCAGAUGGCAAGCCUAUCCCGACUCUCUUCCAACCCAUGACUAUUCGCGGAGUGACAUUUCCAAACAGAAUUUUCGUCUCUCCGAUGUGCAAAUAUUCUGCCAAAGAGGGCUUUGUGACUCCGUGGCAUACAGUUCAUCUUGGAGGCAUCCUCACGCGCGGACCAGGUCUCACCAUCAUGGAAGCAACCGCUGUCGUUCCUGAAGGUCGGAUUACACCAGACGACGUGGGUAUCUGGUCUGAUGACUACAUCACCCCACUCGCCUCCAUUGUCGAGUUGGCGCACUCUCAGAACCAGAAGAUCGCCAUACAGCUCGCUCAUGGCGGAAGGAAAGCUUCGACAGUCGCGCCGUGGAUUAUCACAGGAGACUAUGUUGCCGGCGAAGACAUAGGUGGAUGGCCGAAUAAUGUUGUCGCACCAUCAGCCAUCCAGUGGGCAGACGACUACCCGAAGCCCAGGGAACUGACUAACGCAGAGGUCAAGGGACUCGUGCAAUCAUUCAAAGAUGCAGCAGUGAGGGCUGUAAAGGCGGGCUUCGACGUGAUUGAGAUCCACGGUGCUCACGGAUAUCUUUUGACCGAGUUUAUAAGCCCAAUGAGUAACCAUCGUACGGACGAGUAUAGUGGCAGCUUUGAAAAUAGGAUUCGGUUCCUGUCGGAGAUCGUUGACGCGGUGAGAAGUGUAAUUCCAGAUUCGAUGCGGCUUUUCUACAGAAUUUCUGGUAGCGAGAACUUGGAAAAUAUCUUCCCUGAUAUUCCGUCUUGGAGGUCCGAAAACACCGUUCGCUACGCCGCCAUUUUGGCUCAACAUGGCGUCGACUUCCUGGAUGUCUCUUCAGGAGGCAACCACGCACAGCAGAAGAUUGCCACAGGUCCUGCAUACCAAGCACACUUCUCGCACGCCGUGAAGAAGAGUAAUCCAGGAUUGUUAGUCGGUACGGUGGGUCGCAUCAACGACGGGCUGCUAGCGCAAGAGGUCCUGGACAAAGGUCAAGCAGAUGCCGUACUAGUUGGCCGGCAGUUCUUGAAGAAUCCAGGAUUCGUAUGGGCUUUCGCAGAUGAUUUGGGAAUGAAGAUUAGGACUGCCCAUCAGAUACGUUUACAAGGUAGACCUGUAACCGGCCGUCUCCCAUAUAUGACACCCAGCUCACGAUGUAUUUACGUCGAGGAUAUUAACACAUAGUCUUUCAUGACAGCCUAUUCAUUUACAA